AUGCGGCCGGGCGGCGCGGCGCUGGCCGCGGGGCUGCUGGGGGCGGCGGCCGCGGGCGCGGCGAAGCUGGCGCUGGGGGCGCGGGCACUGCGCGGCGGGGAGGAGGUUGGAGGCUGGCUGCCAGUUCUACUUCGUGUGGGCUGCAUUGGCUUGGUGUGUGCCUGCAAUGCAGUCAUGUGGACAGUCUUUGCAAAAGCCCUGCGACUGUCCUCCUCCUCAGCCUCUGCUUCUGUGACCACAACAGCCUCCAACUUCAUCUCUUCGGCCAUCCUGGGCAAGCUUCUCUUUGGGGAGACGUGGACACCAUUGUGGUGGGUUGGCCUCACUGUGACGCUCUGUGGCCUCAUGCUGCUGCACACUGCUGCACCCCAGCCAACACUGCACAUGGUGGAGAAGAAGGGGUUGUGACAUCUCUCUCCAUUUCCAGCUUGGAUUAUGCUUCAGUAGUGCUGCUGCCAGGUCCCAGCCAGGUCCUCACACCAUGCACUCUCUCAUUCCGUGCCAGAGCCUACUGAGUGCCGUCAGACCUGCCCAGCUCCCUUGCAUGUUUCUCCAUCAAUUUGCAAAGUCAUGCAUAUUACGUUUUCCAUGGUUGGCCAGAGCAACCAUUCCGUGUGCCUGGUGGAGGUGUGGGAACAGUGACAACUUGAGGGAGAGCUGAUCAGUCUGAGUCAGUUGUCUGGAAACCAGAGCCAGAGCUUAUCAGCCACCCCUCCUCUUCACACCCUGCGCUGAUGGAGCCUUCCCAGUGCCAGGACGGGAGGGAGAAAGUAAACAUAGUGGCUGUGGAAGGUGACCGUACAUUGGUACUUUUCCAUGAGAGGAACCAUCCCAAAAUGAAAAAGAAAGCAGAACUAGGCACUGAAGGUUGUGGACGUUUCUGCCCUGCUGGUGGUGAUUUUCCUUGCUGCCUCUUGGAGAGGCCCCAUGCUUGCUCCAGGUUCCUAUUGUCUGGAAGGUGGUGGAGCAUUACAUUAAUUCCUUUGGCUGCCUCUAUCACACACACUUUUGACUUGCCAUCUACGUCUGUUGCCUGUAAUUCCCAGUUUCCCAUUCCUGACAUGUUGCUCACUGUAAGGGGUUGCUUUUUCAUUUAAACUCUUAACCAGCACUGAUUUUUUAUCACUAUUUCUGGUUUGUGUAUGUCAUGCUGUAAUACGGGAAGAACACCGCGUCAUCAGUCAGCCCUCUUCAUUAUGUCUGUGAUGAACACUCAUCACUUGAGCUGACAAUUGCUUUAAGUAAAAAUGUUUUUUCUCAGGCAACAUUUUUUUCCACUCCUGAAAGAUGCUAUUUUCCAUUUGUCCAAUGUAAUUAAGUAGAUCAGUGGUUCCCUCUCGUGCUACGUUUUGGGUCAGUAAUUACUCUUCGUUGCCAGAAUGAGAUGCCUGCCAGUAUGUUACAUGUGGCAAGAAUCAUCAUUUACAAGGUGUUGGUUUCUUUCCCCCGCCUGCACACGCUUGUUUUCUGUGGUAAUUUUUGACUGCAAUCCUAAUAAAGAAUCAUAAUGAUGCCUAAAAA